CAUGUUAACUACUGAAACCUUGUUCAAUGCAAAAACUUCUAUGUAGUCUUCCUUAAUUUUAGAGUAAUCUCUCUUUUACUUAUGGGUACCUGUUGUUUGUAGAGAGUAACAUGGAGGCAAAUACCCGUUUGUAUGGCUGCCCAUUUUCUGAGGGCUGUUGUUUGAGCUGUAACCGUGUAUCUUUAAUCUAAUUAAAGAAGGUUGUAUGUAGAGGGAAUAAUAUAUUGGCUUCAUGGUAUUCUAAUUUUUGAAUUAGGAAACAUUUUCUCUCUGUUGAUUUCUCUUGGCCUAGGUUUUGAAGGCCAUGAUGCACAGCUCAAGACUGAGUUUGUGCCUGCAGCUAUUGUUUGUAAUAACAUUAAUUGCAGCAGCACAAGAAUCUUCUGACAACAAAACGUAUACUACUUUUGUCUACAACAAUUUCAAUGUCACUCCUAGUUUGGUGUUCAUCCAGAAUGCUGUGGUCCGCUCAGAAGUAGUGAGGCUUACAAAUGAUACGAAGUGGAUGAUUGGUCGCCUUUUCUAUUCCACUCCUCUGCAAAUAAAAUCUAAUGGCACUGUUUCUUCCUUCAGCACAACUUUUGUUAUGGCCAUGGUGCCACCUCCUCAGGCAGAGGGCACUGGCCAUGGAAUAGCCUUCGUUAUGAGCCCCACCACAUCUCUCAUUGGGGCGUCUUCAGCUGAAUACCUGGGCCUAUUAAAUGACACCAGCGAUGGAAAGGAUUAUAAUCAUCUGUUUGCAGUGGAGUUCGACACGAGCCAAAAUGUGGAGUUCCAAGACCCUAGUAACAAUCAUGUUGGACUGGAUCUUAACAGCCUCGUGUCUAAUGUCACCCGUUAUGCAGGUUAUUGGGAUGGCCAAAACUUUGUAAAUGUGACACUCAAGAGUGGUCGGAACAUUCAGGUCUGGAUAGAUUAUGACCACAUUCAGGACCAGAUCAAUGUGACCAUGACACUAGCUGGGAUGUCAAAACCACAGAAACCCCUCAUAUCUCGUAUGAACGUGAACCUCUCAGCUGUUCUGCAGGAUCAGGUUUAUGUUGGUUUUUCCUCAGCAACGGGGAAUUUUGUUGCAGAACAUUACAUUCUUGCCUGGAGCUUCACCACAAAUGGCACUGCACCAAACCUAGAUGUAUCUAAUCUCCCUUCCUUGAUGUGGAAAAAGAAACCUCUAUACAAAACUAAAGGAUUCAUAGCUAUUAUUACAUUAGUUUCCUUCCUUAUACCUUUGGCGGGAGCUUUAUUUUUAUUGAAAAGAUACCGGGACAGAGAAAUUAUUGAAGAAUGGGAGCUGGAGUUUUGGCCUCACAGAUUUUCCUACAGAGAGUUGAAAAUUGCCACAAAGGGCUUUGCAGAGGUGGAGGUUUUGGGAUCUGGGGGUUUUGGGAGGGUGUACCGGGGGGUUCUGCCAGCUAGUGGACAGGAAAUUGCAGUCAAGUGUGUGAACAAGGAGGUUCGCGAAGGAAUAAAAGAAUUUGUUGCAGAAAUCACAAGCAUGGGGCGGUUACAGCACCGGAAUCUAGUCCAGCUUCGUGGCUGGUGCAGAAACAAGAAGCGGCUUUUCAUAGUCUAUGACUACAUGCCAAAUGGGAGCCUUGACAAAAUGAUAUUUGAGAAAAACACUUUCCUCAAUUGGGGUCAGAGAUACACAAUCCUUAAGGGCGUGGCGGCUGGGCUGCUGUACCUGCAUGAACAAUGGGAAAAACGGGUUGUGCACAGAGAUAUUAAAUCCAGCAAUGUAUUAUUGGACGUGGAGAUGAAUGGACGUCUGGGUGACUUUGGCCUGGCACGGUUAUAUGACCACAGCGAGAACCCUGGGACAACACAUGUGGUGGGCACUCUCGGAUACAUUGCACCAGAGCUUCUCUACUCAGGUAAGGCCACACCUGCCACAGAUGUGUUCAGCUUCGGUGUGGUCUUGCUGGAGGUGGCCUGUGGGAGGAAACCGGUGGAUCCUAGCAAAGAUGAUUCAGAGGCAAUUUUAGUAGACUGGAUGUGGGAGUUGUAUUCUCAGGAGAAAAUUAUGGAUGCAGUGGACCCAAGGCUACGAGGUGAUUAUGAUAUAGAAGAAAUGGAGAGGGUGUUAUAUUUGGGGCUCUUCUGCUGUCAUCCUCAGGGUGAAAAAAGGCUGACAAUCAGGCAUGUGUUGCAGAUACUUGAAGGGGAGGCUGAUUUGCCUGUUCUCAACAUGCCUUCUUUUAAUAGCAGCAUUUUGGGCAGUACUCCUAAAAGCGGAUUUUUCACUGGAACGUCCUAUGGUUCAUCCAAUCCUAAUUCUAUGACUUCCCAGGACAAUUUAUUCAGCUCAACCAACUCAAGGCGACAGCAAGAAAUGAAAUCUCUCUUGUGAAUAUAGUUGACAGUUUACCCAAGGGGGCCAAGUCUGAUUGGUGGACGAUGCCCUAUCACAACGAGUCCACCAAGAGUUGGUUCUCUAAGUAUCAAGAAAGGAAUGAGGCUCAGUAGUCUUGAAUGAACUUGACAGAGUAUAUACUCCUCAAUCCUUAGUGAUUUCCUUAUAAGAACACAAUGGGACAUGUCCAUAGCCUAUUUUUUGGGCCUUAGUUGUAAGAAACACAAUGGAACAUGUCCAUAGCCUAAUUUAUGGGCCUGUUUUCAAUAGAAGAAAAUGUUGCUCCA